AAUUCAGAUUAUACUGUUCCAUACAAUGCCCUAUCUGAGAGACUCAAGACUUCUAGAAUUUAACACCCAAACUCCGCCUUGAAAAGAGCCCACAGAAGAGCACACCCUCACGGGGGCUCUGUUUCCCACUUGGAAAUUAUCAAUCUGUCUUCACUCUUCACCAUCCAAUUACACUAAAUGUCACUCAUCUUCCUCCCUCUCCUCCUUAUCUUCACCAGUAGUUGUUAUGCAGGUCCAAUCACUACAGUUGUUGUUCUGGUGAUGGAAAAUCGUUCAUUCGAUCACAUGCUUGGAUGGAUGAAGAAACUCAAUCCAGAAAUCAAUGGUGUUGAUGGGUCUGAGUGGAACCAAUUAUCCACCACCAAUGGAACCUCACCCAAGAUUUAUUUCAACAACACAUCUGAGUAUGUGGAUCCAGAUCCUGGUCACUCCUUUCAGGCCAUCAGAGAACAGAUUUUUGGUUCCAAUGACUCCUCCAAGCAGCCUCUUAUGAACGGAUUCGCUCAACAGGCCUACUCCAUGGAUUCCUCAAUGAAUAUGUCCAGAGAUGUCAUGAAUGGAUUCAACCCUGAUAAGGUCCCUGUCUACAAAGCUCUUGCUACAGAAUUUGCUGUCUUUGAUAGAUGGUUUGCGUCGGUUCCGGCAUCUACGCAGCCAAACAGGCUUUACGUCCACUCAGGUACCUCCCACGGAGCGACAAGCAACGUCGCCACCGACCUCAUAAAAGGCUUUCCUCAAAGAACAAUCUUCGACAGCGUCUACGACGCCGGAUUGUCCUUCGGAAUCUACUUCCAGAACAUUCCGGCCACGCUAUUUUACUCCAAUUUGAGAAAACUCAAGUACAUAUCCAAGUUCCAUCCCUACAAUUCAUUCAAGAAGGAUGCGCAGGACGGGAAGCUCCCGGCGUACACGGUCGUCGAGCAGCGGUACCUGGACAUGAAGACGGCGCCGGCGAACGACGAUCAUCCGUCGCACGAUGUGUAUCAAGGGCAGUUGUUGGUGAAGGAGGUGUACGAGACGGUUAGAGCUAGUCCGCAGUGGAACCAGACUCUGUUGAUCAUCACUUAUGAUGAGCACGGUGGGUUCUAUGAUCAUGUGGCUACGCCGGCGAGUGGGGUCCCUAGCCCGGAUGGAAUUGUGGGGCCCGAACCGUUUUUAUUUCGGUUUGAUCGAUUGGGGGUUCGGGUUCCCACGAUCGCGGUCUCGCCUUGGAUUGAGAAGGGCACCGUUGUUCAUGGACCCAAAGGGCCAUAUCCAACAUCAGAGUACGAGCACUCCUCCAUUGCUGCAACCGUCAAGAAGAUCUUCAACCUACCUUCCUUUCUUACCAAGAGGGAUGAAUGGGCUGGCACAUUCGAAACCAUUGUUCAAUCUCGAACCCAACCCAGAACUGACUGCCCAGAGAAACUGCCAGAGCCGGUAAAGAUCCGGGACGGAGAGUCAAAUGAAGACGCCAAGCUAAGCCAAUUCCAGCAAGAGCUUAUGCAGCUUGCAGCAGUACUCAAGGGAGAUCAUAUGCUGACAGGUUACCCUGAAAAAAUAGGCAAGGAUAUGACUGUGAAGCAAGGGAAAGAAUACAUGGAUGAAGCAGUUACAAGAUUCUUUGAGUCAGGACUUUAUGCUAAGAAGAUGGGAGUUAAUCAAGAGCAGAUCGUCCAAAUGAGACCCUCUCUUACUACAAGAACCUCAAAACACCCAUGAACAAACCCUUUGUCUUCUCAUGCAAU